UGGACGAUUGCACACAACCACACACAUAUAUAUCCUCACUCAUAUGGUAUGCAAAUAUGCGAAAUAUGAGCACCAGAGGUGAAACAGACAGUAGGAGAUAACAAAGCAAAAGCAAACGCCCGAAAAGUGACAAGAGCAACAACAACAGCGCGCGUCUUUGUUGUUGUGUCUGCAAACCAUCAUUACACUACCCAACGUCCGCCCCCAACCCAUACCCACACCUACAUCUACACGUAUACAGACAUACGCAUACAUACAUACCUCGUGUCUCCCACUUUAGCCAUGAGUUAUGAAAAAUCCACAGAUCCUCCACUACUGCAACUUGAGGAUGAAGUUGAUCUCAUUGGGGAUUAUGUCAAAGACCAGAGCACCAGCAAUAAUAAUGAACAGCAACAGCUGUUCACACAUUUAAACGGCUUGGAUGCCAAUUCAAGCAAUAUCAAUCAGCUGACCACCAAAGUUGAGAUCAACACAAUUGGAUUGGGUAAAGGGCGCAUCAAGAAAAAGUCCAAACGAACGCGUGAACCCAUGCUUUUGACUAUGGAUGAUGAUGAUGACGAUAUCCACGUAGAUGGUAAAGGAGAUCACCCGGAUGAUGAUGCCGAUGCUGAUGAUGAUGACGACGAUGAAGAAGAUGUGUUACUUAAUCGAAAACCAGUCUCCAGCAACAACAUUGUUAAUCCAGCCCUGCGCAAUGGUAAUAGACACAAAAUCACAACUGCCGAAGAGAGCAGCAGCAAUGAGAGUCUUUGCUCACCGCAACCGUUGGCGAUUAGUCACUUAACAGCAGCAACAGCAUCAGCCAAAUCAACGUCGCCUUCAAAAUCUUCAACGCUUAUAGCCCGACUGCCUCACGAGGAGGUCGAUGAUAUUUGUCUAGUGCCAGAAAUUGAUUUCGAGGGUAUGUCCACGGACGCAGGCAGUGAUAAUCGAGAAUCCCAGCCUCUUCUGGGCGGUGGAGGAGGUGGCAUUCGUAUAAGCCACGUACUCGGUGGCCUAGGACAUGGACAUGAUCAUGUAGAUCUAUUAUCAAACGUAUUUGGCGAUGAUCCACUUUUUUCUGAGGUUGUGGCCCAAUCGGAAUUGGCCAUUGAGCAAGGUGUGUUGCCCGAACGUAUUUAUCAGGGUAGCAGUGGUUCCUAUUUUGUGAAAGAUCCUUCAAAUCGCUGUGUUGCCGUAUUUAAACCUAAAGAUGAAGAGCCAUACGGCCGACUGAAUCCAAAAUGGACCAAAUGGAUGCACAAGCUUUGCUGUCCCUGUUGUUUUGGACGUGCUUGCUUGAUUCCAAAUCAGGGGUAUCUUUCGGAAGCGGGUGCCAGUUUGGUGGAUCGCAAAUUAAAUUUAAACGUGGUGCCAAAGACUCGGGUGGUUCGACUUGUGGCCGAGAGUUUCAACUAUGCACGCAUUGAUCGCCAAAAAGCCAAACUUAAGAAACGCAUCAAGGAGCAUUAUCCAUCAGCUCAUUUCAAUCGCAUGAGUUUGCCUCUAAAGACUGGUUCCUUUCAAAUGUUUGUAGAAGGCUACAAAGAUGCCGACUAUUGGCUGCGUCGAUUUGAGAGCGAACCAUUGUCACCCGCUGUGGCAAAGUCAUUUCAGUUGCAAUUCGAGCGACUUGUUGUCCUGGACUAUAUCAUACGAAAUACAGAUCGGGGCAACGAUAAUUGGCUAAUCAAAUAUGUGGCUCCCAAAGUAACUGGAGAAGUGGGUGGUACUGGUGGCCGCACCAUGACAGAAGCCUUACGUCCUAAUAAUAAUAACCAGGGACAAAAACGUCAGCAGCAAAUUGCUGAUAUUAAUGAAUCCCCUCCGUUACACUCUGCUGGUGGUAAUCCAACAACUUCCGAUUACAUGGGCAGGGAGAAUCAAAAUAGCCAGCAGCGUAAGCCAAAUAGUUCAACCAGUAGUGAAGAGGAUGGACAAACAAAAGCUGAUCAAUCGAAAGAUUCACACGCUUCGGAUGUUCCAUGGAAUUUAGUGGAUUCUCCACAAAUCAAAAUUGCAGCUAUUGAUAAUGGUCUGGCAUUUCCUUUUAAACACCCAGACUCAUGGCGCGCUUAUCCCUAUCAUUGGGCUUGGUUACCUCAAGCCAAAGUGCCAUUUAGUGAAGACAUUAAGGAUCAUGUGUUGCCACAGUUGUCAGAUAUGAAUUUUGUUGAGGAAAUAUGCUUUGAACUGUUAUAUCUGUUCCAACAGGAUCGUGGAUUCGAUAAGCGUCUCUUUGAGCGUCAAAUGUCUGUGAUGCGAGGCCAGAUCUUAAAUCUGACUCAAGCAUUAAGGGAUGGUAAAUCUCCUGUACAACUGGUUCAGAUGCCAGCCGUUGUUGUAGAGCGCUCCAGUGGCAGUCGGUUCUUUUCCUUCACCCAGCGCUUCCAGAACAAGAGUCCAUUCUUCUCUUGGUGUUAAUUAGCGUUGUUCAUACACCAAGUGUAAACCCCACCAAAUGGAAAAACCAAAUCUGGCAUGCCGAAUUCGUGAAUUAGGUCAAAGCCCACAUCCCACGUCUUUAAACGCUUUAUUGUUGUCUAGUUUAUCUCAAAAAAAAAAAAAAAACAAAACAAAACAAAAAAAAAUCUAAAGUUUUUAGUUUUAGUAAGGAAAAUAUUGAAAAUUUUUUAAGUACAAAAUUUGGUCAAACUUUUUUAUCUUCUCUCUGCUGAUCAUUAUUAUUACCAUACAUUUCUUUUCGUUAUUUUGGAACGUUUGUGCAAAGAUAGAAAGAAAUUAAAUCGAAAUUGUAUCGUAAACUUUCUCAUCGUCAUUCCAAAUGAAUCAUAUAUAAGCACACAUAUCAGUGAGGUAAUCAAAAUGUAAAUUUAUGCUAUACAAUAAUACAUAUAAAUAUAUAUAUCUAUCAAUAUUUAUUCAUCGAUUGCCGUUAUAUUGUUUCACUUUGUAAUGUUUUAGUUAUUAAACUCUGAACUUUUCAGAAUUUUUCAUGAAACUAGGAAAUGGGGGUUUAGUUUGCACAGUCUUGAUACUAUUUUGGAUAAAUUCGAUUAAGUAUGUAUGUGAAAUUAGAGGAAAAUAUAUAUAUAAAUAUACAAUUAUGAAUGUAUUGAAUAACUGUGUAUACAUUAUUAAAUUAAAUGCCUUGUAUUGUACUAUAAUAUUUAUGUCUUACUUGAGUAACAAAUUAAAUUAUUGAUCAAACUAACAGAUCACAAACAA